UCUCACAAUAUUCCUUGCCUUUGAUAAUUCAGUCCCACUCGGUGACAGAGAACGAAAGCACAGCAUCACAUUACACCGUCCACACUCCACUGUCUCCACAGUUCGACGCAAAGAGGGGUCAAACUGUCCGAUCAGAACACCAGGCAAACGAACAUGUCUGGGGAGAACGCUUACCACAUAAAUCUGGUGGAGGAAAACGCUGACCAAGAUGGCUCCGACGAAGGUGACUUGACAUUAAUGCCAUGGUGCUAUCAUAAUCUCUUCACCAUCAUCAGUAUCGUGGCAGUUCUGUGGGUUAUCCACAGACUUGUACUCGGAACACAGCCCAAGUGGUUCGCGUAUAUGAUGUACCUGUAUACGAAGUACGAGUUUGUCCAGUUUGAGGAGGUGAAGAAGGACCAUUUCGCCAGCCUUUCCUCCGUCGUCUCCCACGACCCGGAGCUCCGCAAAAAGAAGGAGAUCAGGAUUCUUGAAAUCGGCGUCGGAACUGGUGUCAACUUUGCUCACUAUCCCGAGGGCACGCACUUGGUGGGAGUGGACCGAAACCUGCAUUUCAAGUCUUAUUGGGAGGAGAAUAGGAAGCAGUUCCCCAACAUUUAUUCUGGAGAGAUGCUGACGACUUCAGCCGAGAACAUAGAGGCGGUAGCAGACAACAGUGUGGACGUCGUGGUGAUAACGCUGGUGCUCUGCAGUGUUCCCAAAAUAGACCCAAUCCUCAAGGAGGUACUUCGUGUCCUGGCGCCCGGCGGCAAAUUCUACUUCAUGGAACAUAUUGCGGAGUUUGACCCAGAAAAGCAUGGUCUGAGGAAGAUGAUGCAGGAUGUAUUAACUUACCUGUAUGUGUGGCCUUUCAUCUACGACGGCUGCUGCCUCAACCGCGACAUGUUACCCAACAUUAAGAAAGCUGGUUUCUCCUCCGUUGAGGCCGAGAAGUACUACGCUCCAGUACCUAACAUCAUCUUCGAUGUCGAGCGUCCAAAUCUGAAAGGAAUUGCUACGAAAUAGAAGUGUUACCCAGUAUGGUUGUCUCAUUUUUUUUAUACCUAUAUCUUUACAUCACGUAGAGGAAGGAAACUGAUUUUCUACUAGCAUAUUACUUUGAGGUUCUUAAAACGAAGACAAAACAAUUCAGGUUGCAACUUAUGAAAUUUGAGUUAGAAAAAGUUACAUUGAUACAAUAUGCUCCUCGAGAUCUGUUAUUAGUGACAUUUGUUUUAUAUACUGUGUAGGUCUUAAGGUAAUGGUAAUAAAGUGAAUAUAACGACAACCUUUCCUAGAACAUUAGUUUUACUUUUGAUUUGCUAAAUGUUAUGUAUUUCCCAUUUCUUUUCUUAUGUGAAUAUUUUGACACGCCUGAAGAGAACAUAAAAUUGUCUCUUAAGUGAUGAUCAAGCCACAGGCAAACAUAUUUGUAUACAAAUGCUGCACCAUUAUCAGUCAGGAGUUUAAACUCAACAUCCCAUGUUUCAUGAAUAGUUUUAAGUUAGCGUAUUAAACUCUAAAGUCAGGCACGCAUAAUUAUAACGCAGAUAUGAUUAUUGUUACAUCAGCACUAUAAUGUUUAAAAAUGUUAAUCCAAGCAUAAACUACUGUAGUUUGUCUUAUCAUUAUUGUCUAUACUCUAGGCCUAUAUUUAUAGAGUACGAGGAAAAUAGUUAAUGCAGCACAGAAAUACAUAAUGCUUUAAUGCUUAUGGUAUUUGUAUCAAAUUUUAUGCAUUAUUGUUUAGUAUAGAAACUAACCUUGUGUUAUGUGUUUAAAGGCCUUAACCAUUGAAUCACGUUAAUUCGUUAUAAAAACAAGUUACGUGUUCUGAAUAUAGGUAUUAACAAUAAAAAGAGAAAUACC